CUGUUUACAUUCUUGCCGUAGCUGGAAAUUUGGGAGUUUUCCGCAACAAAAUGCACAAAUCCCGUGGUGGUGGUGGUGGUGGUCGCAGAAAACAAAAUUUCCGCCAACAACGGCCUGAUCGGGCGAAUCGUCACUUGGCGGAAAAGCUCUCGGAUUUAGCGGUGGAAAGCGACGACAGUUCCGACUCUGAACAGGAAAACGACGAGGAGGACCAAUCGGGAGCGGAAACCAGCAGCGAAAAUGAGUCGAGCGUAGAGCCGAAACAGAAGAACAAGUUCGACGUCGGCAAACCGGCCAAGUUCCCCGUGAGCAUGUGGGAUCUGAAACACUGUGAUCCAAAGAAAUGCUCAGGCCGGAAACUGGCCCGUCAUGGGUUGAUCAAAAACCUGCGACUAGGUCAAAAGUUUCCGGGUCUCGUGCUAACGCCUGUUGGAACCAACUGUGUAAGCCCUUUGGAUAGAGAGAUCAUCAAAUCGUCCGGGAUUGCGGUUGUGGAUUGCUCGUGGGCUAAGCUAGAUGAAACACCCUUCCACAAAAUGCGCUCACCAAAUCCUCGUCUACUCCCUUUUCUAGUGGCCGCCAAUCCCAUUAACUACGGGAAGCCGUGCAAACUGUCCUGCGUUGAAGCGAUUGCUGCGACGAUGUAUAUAACGGGAUACAAGAAGGAAGCUUUGUGGUAUCUCAAUAAGUUUUCCUGGGGACACGCCUUCGUGGAGCUGAAUGAGGAGUUGCUGGAUAUCUAUGCGGGUUGCGCCAACAGCCAGGAGAUUCUGGAAGCACAGAAAAAGUACCUGGAAACAGAAUCUACCGAAGCCCAGCGAGAUACCAGCUACCCCAGCAGUAAAUCCUCCGACGAAACUGAAGAGUCCAGCGAAGAGUACGAAGCGGAUCGCGAAAGCGAUGAAACGACGCAGGGAAAGCAGGACAAAAAGCCGGAGCCAUCGUCGCCUUGAAAUGUUCGUAAAUAUAGAAUUUGAUAAUCCGCUAUAAAGAUUUGUUCGUUUGUUUGAACUCGGAGCGUCAAAUUUUCAACAUAAUUUGAAACAUUCAACCCCGUCGUAUAAAUUU